AUGCCUCGAGGCCAGAAGAGCAAGCGCCGUGCCCGCGAGAGACGCUACCAGGCCCGGGCGGAGACUCAGAGUCUCAAGGGUGCCCAGGCCACUGAGGCGGCGGCGGCGGCAGCAGAGGUAGAAGAGUCGCCCUCCUCCCCCGCUUCUGUUUCUCGGGGUACUCCCCCGAGCUCCCGUGCUGCUGGCGCUCGCCGGGAGCCUCAGGGAGCCCCAGCCACUAGCUCUCGUGAUGCAGGGGUUUCCUGCCCAGGAUAUGAAGAGGGUGCCCGGGCGAGCCAAGAUGAGGAAAGUGCAAGUACCUCCCAGGCAGCACCUUCCACUCACAGCACUUGCAUAGAUCCUGUGACCAGGAAUUCCGGCAUGUUGGUGCAGUUCCUGCUGGAGAAGUACAAGUUGAAGGAGCCCAUCCGGCAGGCAGAAAUGCUGAAGAGUAUCGACAGGCGGUACAAGAAGCACUUCCCUGAGAUCCUCAGGAGAGCCUCUGAGAGCAUGGAGCUGGUCUUUGGCAUCGAUCUGAAGGAAGUUGACCCCACCCGUCACUACUACGCCCUCAUCCGCAAGCUGGCCCUCCCCAGCGAGGACAGUCCGAGUGAUGAGUCGGGGCUGCCCAAGUCCGGUCUCCUGAUGAUUCUCCUGGGCAUGAUCUUAAUGAAGGGCAACCGUGCCACCGAGGAGGAGAUCUGGGAAUUCCUCAAUGCGGUGGGUUUGUAUGCUGGGAGGAGGCACUCGAUCUUUGGGGAGCCCAGCAGGCUCAUCAGCGAAGAGUUCGUGCAGCAGAAGUACCUGACGUACCGCCAGGUGCCCAACAGCGAUCCUCCGUGCUAUGAGUUCCUGUGGGGCCCGAGAGCCCUGGCUGAAACCAGCAAGAUGAAAGUGCUGGAGUUUGUGGCGAAGGUCAAUGCUGACGUCCCCAGUGCCUUCCCAGAUCUCUAUGAGGAGGCUCUGAAAGAUGAGGAAGAGAGAGCAAGAGUGAGAGCCGCGGCCAGGGCCGCAGCUCUCGCUCAGCGCAGUGCACGUUCCAGGGCCAAGGCCCGCAGCUCCUCCCACAUCUAG